GGCGCGCCCGCAGGGUAGAGGCUCCCCGUGACGGCCGCAGCCAGGCGGCCCGGCCCAGGCUGCGCCCGACUCUAUGGUGGCCGCCACAGCUGAGCGCGGCCCCGGCCCGGAGCUGCCAAGCCCACGUGCUGCGCUCGAUCCCCGGGGCAGCCUGGCGCGCGUCCCGGCCGCCCUCCCCGGGCCGCUCCGUGAGCCAUGGGCUCGGCGCAGGAGGCCCAGGCCUGCCUCGCCUUCUACCGGGGGCUCGGGCGGAGGGAGCCGCUGCACGAUCUCUGCCGGGCCGUGCUCGCCUUCCUGGAGAAGCUGGAGCAGUUCGCAGGGGGUUCUGUGAAGAGGUGUAAAGAUAAAAAUCUGGAGGAGGCUCUUCUGCUCUUUCAGGAGCUGAGCAAGGGGUUAUGGGAGCUAGACGAUGCCGACGUGCUUCCCUUAGUGCGCUGCGUGCUUGCUUUCCAAAUGGAGACGACCAGCAGUUCCAGCUCCUUCCAUAAGCUCGAGCAGAUUGUUACGAAGUUGUCGGAAGGUAAAGAAUCCCUGGUUGCUGAGGAAGUGAAUAAGUUAAUGAGCAGCCUGACCGAGUCCAAACAGGUGCUGUCUCCAGGAGACCUCCAGACAGUUUGCAUGUUCAUAGAGGAAAGCCGCCUAGGCCGACACCACUGGAGACUCAGCCUAGCCCCACUGCUGCUGCGUGUAGCUACCACGUUGAAUUGGGUGCUGCAGGACCCAACGGCCAGGAGCGGGGAGUGGAGCUACAUCACGGUCAAGACCUGCCUGCAGCUUUUCCAGGCGAUGUCAAAGGAAGUGUCGCCUCUGGUGUGGAGCGAAGCCGAGAACAGUGAAAUCGUGCAGAGCAUUUUGGGAUCUCUGCUGCAAGUCGUCAUGGAGCAGACAGCUAACAAGGACGCCCGCCUGCUGGCCGGCACUGCCGUGAGCAUGUUGGUGAACACUGCUGCUGAGCCAGAGAGAGGGGCCAGAGCCGUGCUGACUCUUUUCCAGCUAGUCGACCAAGGGCCAGGAGAGCUGAGAUUUGGAGAACUCAAGGUGGAGACGUCUGUCCUGAGUUCAGACGGCUUAGCGAGACUGGUGCUCACUAGGGGUUUAUUAACUUGCUGCAAGAAGGAGAUCCUGAGCUGCCGGCUGGACAGCUUCCCACCCCGGGCUUGUCUCUUGCUGGACGUGCUGUUUCCAGCUGUCUGGGCUGUGAGCGAAGGGCAGAAGGAUUAUCAUUACUACCGUUUCCAAGUUUUCUCCCUCUGGCUGCAACGUAUCCUGGAGUGUCUGCCCGAGAUCUGGAAAGUCAAGGAGAGCCGCAUGCUGGCUGAGAACUCUGAACUGCUCCACAGACUGAGCCAGUUCAUCUGGAACAAUGCAGAAAGCCCGGUGGAAGGGGCGUCAGAGUUCAUACAUAGCUCCUUUCAACAUCUCCUGGAGAUCUACCGCCUGGAGUGCCAUCGCUUCGAGGACCUGGAGAGACCCCUCUAUGAACAGUUCCUGCAGAGAAUCAUCACAAUGCCCUGGCAGGUCAAAGCCAGAUAUUUCCCCCUGUGCGCCAUUCUCCCCUACGUGGGCACAGAGAAAGUUCUGGAUACCUACAAGGAUCUUCCCCAGCACCUUCUGAACUGCCUUUCCACUAACCACCUGUGCCCAGCUGCAUCAGACGUGUAUAAAACCAUUUUGCAACAGCAGCGCAAGCACUGGAUUGCGGGAGAGGAACCUGCCACAGAGGAGGAGCUGGCUCAGAAGUGGGCACUGCACUGGCUGCCCACCCUGGCCAGUGCUUUGACUUCUCCCAUCUCCUUCCUUCAGAGCAACGCUUCCAACUACCUUCUUGUCUGGACUUUGCGGCUCUUCCCCGCCUCUUACGCUUUGCUUGCUGAGAGCUGCAGUGGUGGGGACUCUGCCCACCUUCGGGCGUGGGUCGCCCUGCUGAACGGCCGCAAGAUCAUCACCGGGGCCUUGCCCCUGGAUGGGGAGACUUUGGAAAGGCUCUGCUGCUGCUUGCACUCCAGGGAGGAGAACAUUCGCCUAGCAGCUCUGGGUCUCCUGUGUUGUAGCCCCAGGACCAACCAGGCCUUGUCAGAGGUAGAGGUCCAUCUACUGAAGGAGUUCUUGCCACUGAACCUGAACUGCGACUCGUCCUCCUUCCGGCAGCUGCUCCAGGCUGCAGUGAAGAAGGCUCUGGUCAGGCUGAGGGACAGCGCCCUCUCUCAGCUGCGAAGCAAGAUGCAGAGCAAAGCUACUGAGCGCUCUGCCAGCACGGAUCCAGAAGGAGCACUUGCACAAGCAGUAGAUUUUGUGGAGUGGCUGCUGCAGUUAAGCAUUUCCUUUCUGACCCCAGGGUCAAACUACCAGAGGAAGAAGACUGCCCUGCUGCUCCUGGCUGCGGUGCUGGAGACCUGCACCGACACCUGGAGCCCCGCCAGGAAGAAGGGGCAGCCUCCACAGAACAUGGCGGCAUUGUUGAGCUGGGCCAGGCAGAAGGGCUGCUGGGACUUUUUCUCUAGAAGCAACUUGUUGGCAGUGCUGAGCUGCUUGCAGGACAGUACGAAUGAGGUCCGAGAGCUGGCAUCAGAGCUGCUCAUCCGCUACUUCCCACCGGUUUUCCCAGAACCCAUUGCUGUGGCUCUGUUUGAGCGUGCCCAGGAGGCUGUGAGCAGCCCCAGAGUGCAGGAGGCAGAAGCCGGAGCGGUGCUGAUGAAAACCAUCCUCCAGAAGUCAGACGGCAGCACCUUGAAGAGACUAUUCCCCAAGGGGAAAGCAGCACCAACUCUGCAGCACCGAGGCCUGUGCUUUGCUCAGUAUCUUCUCCGCAUGUUGCAAGCUCACUACGCCAUGGCUUGUCAAGACCUGCUGCAGGCAGCGAGCACUAACCCAAUGCAUGGUGCGUCCUCUGGCAUUGUGGGGAAGGAGACAUCAGAGCCCCCAUGCCCCUUCUCUCUCCUGCAGUCCUGUCAGACUACAGCUGUGUCAUGUGAUGGAUCAGGAGUGAUGGCGGCGCUGCGGAGGUGUCUGCUCGAGGUACCGGAGGGGGCAGUCUCUAUGCUGAAGGGAGAGCACGUGCAGAGCUGGCAGGAGCUCCUCAGCCAUUUGGUGACCUUGCUGGGAGACAUCAGCACCUUCCUCCUGGGGGUGCUCCAGAGCAGGCAGGGGCCCAACGCCAACCAGCCAGCUGCUGCCCCUUCAUUUGCAGACAUGGUAAAUGCUAUUGGUUCCCUUAUCAUGCUGGGGAAAGGCCUGGAGCAGCAGGAUGGGGAGGACUCCAUCUUGCUGUCCGAGGAGCACAACCUUAUCCUGACCUGCUGCUGGGUCUCAGUGAAGGAAAUAGGGCUGCUCUUGGGAGGCCUAGUGGAGAAGAUUCUCCCUCUGGCACCACCGGCAGGGCCUGAGCCACUCCUGCCACUCACUGUGUUCAAGAUGGCGGCUAGAGUGUUUCAGGAAGUGCUGCUGAAGUGCCGGCACUGGGGAGCAGUUGAAGGUUGCAGCAUGGGAUUCACCAAAUUUUGCAGUGCUUUGCUGAACCAUCCUCAUGCAGAACUGCAGGCAGUGCCAAGAGCGAUGCUGGCACAGGGUUUGGAAUUGCUAAGUGGUCCCAGGAGCAGCUCCAUUACCCGCAGGGCAGCCGGCUUCCCCAUGCUCUUCCUGUGUAUCGUCGGUGGGGAGGAUCCCUCCAAGGCGCGCCCUCUGCUAGCACAUUGCAUCCAGACUUUACUGGCCUUGGCCAACACGCCUCUCCCGCAGAACUGGGACCAGACGCUGGACCUCCCUCAGGUCUCCGCCUUGCACGUGCUGCAGACACUGGUGCGUGGCUCCGGCCUAGGAACGGCGCUGCUGCAGUAUGUCACGCCUAUGAUGGCUCUGCUUCUGAAGGCACUAGGCUCGUCUAGCUGGGCCAUGAGAAACGCAGCCAUCCAGCUCUUCAGCGCCCUCACAGCUCGGGUGCUGGGUCCGAAGCGGAGCCGGGACGAUAGCUGCGCUCAGGACGGGGUGAGCCCUCAGGCGUUCUUCAGCCGCUACCCGCAGCUGAGGGAGAUCCUGCUGGGAGAGCUGCACUCAGCUCUGGAGACGGCAGGAGAGCCGGAGGGAGGGAGGUUUCACCUCUGCCCCUCACUCCACGCCAUCCUCACGCUCUUGGCAAAACUCCAACCCGGGGCAGAUGGACUGAGCAGCGUCUCCACUUGCUUCCUGGAGCCCUUGCUUCAGCUUGCAGGAAACCCCAUCUACGCUGUGCGAGUCAUGGCAGCCAAGGCCCUAGUCCCUGUUGUCCCUACAGCUGAAUACGGGAAGAUCCUGCUGCGACUGGGUGAGGACUUAGCUAAGCAAGGCGGUGUCCUAUCCCACAACACGCUGCAUGGGCGUCUGCUGCAGAUACGGGCUCUGCUGGCUUACGCUGCAGACACGAACUGUUUGUCACCAUGUGCCAUGCUGUCUGUGGCUCACCAGAUGGAAGGCCAGUUCUGGUUGGUCACCCCUGCACAGCAGUGCCCUCUGAUUCGCUCAGCCUACCUCCAAGUCAUCUCCCUGUUGGCGGGGAGCUGCACCCAGGGUUUUGCGAAGCGUUUUCGAGAGGUUGUGAGCAGUGAACUGGACAGCCUCGGGCCAGCGCAGAAGGCAAGAUCUUCCGAGCUCCAGGUGGGCUCCGCUGUGUUCCAUCAAGUUAUCACCCACUUCCUCUGCAAAGAGGCAGCAAGCCUGGCUGGGGCUGAGAGAGUUGGUGCCAUUUGCUUGCUCCUCCAAGGGGCAGAUGUUGAUAUACAAUCAGCCAUCCUGACGUGGGUGAUUGAAGGGGAGGAAGAAAGAAGCAAGGACUUAGAGAAGAGUCUCCAGCUGACAUUACUGGAGAACCUAAAAUCAGUGCUACAACGUCGGAGGGACAAAGAGUUCUUGAAGUUAUACCUGGAGGCUUUGGUGCAUCUGUGCCGCAAUCCUUCAUCCCAGGCCCAGGAUGUUUUCCAUAAACUCUUGGGUCCUGCAGCAGCAUGUGUGGAUGUCCUGCUAUCUAUGGUGGAAACAGAGUCUCCUGGCCCAGACCUCCUCUUCCAGGCACUCUCCGUGAUUAGCUUGCUCUUUGUCCUGGGUUCCAAGCUUCGGGAUUAUCCCCUGCUUGAGCGAUGGUGUGUGAUGCUGGAAAGAUGCAGCAAAUCCAUUUCUUCAGAGGUGCUGAGACUGGCGGCAGCAAGGUCUCUCAAGCUGGCAGGAGCGGACGUGGUUCAGAGUGCCUUGGAAGCCUCCUGCCCAUCCCUGCUGUCGGUGGCUGUGCGUGUGAUGGACAUGGGCAUUUACCUGCUACAAGAUGAGGAUCAGGAAGUACGGCGUGAAGCCUCUGUCUUCGCCAGCCUUGUUCAGCACGUGUCGGGAGCGCGGCCUAAAGACAGUUGUGUCUUCAUCCAGGGUAACAGAGGGCUGGUGUGCCUGCUGCAUGUCCUGCUGGAAAAGUUCUGGGGCUGCCAAGAAACCUUUGAGUUUUUGCUACGGCACCUCCCCACACUGGAUCUCAGCAACAUCUUGACAGAACUGGAGGCCAACAAAGCCGUCAGUCUGUAUAAAGAGGACGAACCCAAUGUUUUUGCAGAGCCAGCUGUCUUAUCCCGGCUGCUCCUCCCCUUCCUCCUUCAGCUGCUGGACAGGGUGCCCGCCUCUACUCAGCUUUGUGACUUCGCUCAACGCUGGCUGAAAGCCACCGGACCCAGCAUCUUACACAACCUGCAGCACUGCAAGCACUGGUGGAGCCAAGAGGCCAUUGCACCUUUGCAUAUGAAAGCUCUGGGGUGUGCAAAGGUGCAUGCUGCUGUCACAGCGCUACUGGUGAAGGCUACACUUCUGGCCCACGCGCUGGAUGGCCUGGAAAGGACCCACCUCGGUGCUUCAGAGAUCCACUGCACUUCCCAGGAGCUGAGAAGUGACCUUGUGCUGGUCCAGGAACUGCUGGCCCAGCAUGGAAUGGCCCCCACCUUCAGUUUAGACUAUGGGAUCACAGAUACAAGGUUCUCAGUAAGGGCUGUCUGAUCAUGCCGGGUGGCAGAACUGUGUUGUACUGAGUUACCAUGAGCCAUUAGCCAAGGGGCAGAGUGUGCUCUCUUCACACUGUGCUUUGGAUGUCUGUUCCGAGACACUGCUGGAUCUCUGUGCUCACCUUCCUGAUUUCUCCUCUGCUGGGAGCCAUCCAGAACUGGUAGGUUAUUGAUGUAACUCAGGUGCUCCCCAUUCACCAGCCAGGAAAGGGAGGUGGUACAUUGUCCUACUACCCGGGAUCCAGGCCCCUUUCCCCCUCAGGUUAGCUUGGUUCCUCAGACUUAUUUUAUCAACCACACAUUCUCUGGAUCAGGCCAGGAGGUGACAGCUUCCAGUUCUUCAUUCAGAGGCAGCUUUACAAAUUACAUUACCACCACCAUAAAAUACCAGUGAUGGGCUAAGACCAUGUUUCUGCUCCUCUCUACCUGAAAGGCAUGGGCUCCUUGGUAUGCCCAAUAUUCUCAGGUCAAGUCAGCCUUCCCUGUAAUGAGGAGGGUUGGAUGCACUACUCCCCGAAGGACCAGAGAGAACACGGCUCGAAGGAGGUCACAUCUCAAACUCCGAUCCCCCUGCUCUUAUUUCACUGUUUUUUAUCCAUGUUUGUGGCUUCUGUUAUAAGGAGCCAAUAAACAUGCUUUUGGCUGAAUAAAGUGUCGCUUUGACUUUAUCACUAAUAAA